GUACAAGUGUCCUCUUUCUCCAACUUUAACUCCACUCUCCGAUCGCAAUUAGGGUUAGGGUUCGCAAGCUUUUCCAAAUCAAUAGCUUGCUCCACUACCUGCAGCUCUGAGCGCAUUGCUAUGGCUUCCUGAUUGGGUUGGUAGCAUCGCUAGCGAGUUUAGAAAACAAUUUUGGAUCACUUCUCAGAAGGUAGGUCUUUUACCUGAUUAACUUUCGAUCCCUAUGAAUUCUACUCGAAGCUUUCAACUUCUGUAAACUGUGAAUCUGCAAUAGUUUCUAUGUGUUGAAGCUGGUCAAUUAUUUGGGGGCAUUUGAUUGUUGCGUAAAUGGCACGUGCGCGCAAUCUAAUAGUUGCUGGAGGGCUUGUUGCUUUUGCUUCAGCAGGGUUGGCAUUUCCGUUCUACAUGGCAUCUUCAAAGAAGCCUGUAAUUGACUCAACAAAGCCGCUUCCGCCGCAAGCAACUUUUCGAGGGCCUUACAUUAACACCGGCUCGCGUGACAUCGGUCCUGACGAUCAAACUUUCCAGAAGAAAUGAAGCAAGCCUGAGAAUCACCAUGUUUUGUGUUAGAAGGCUAAGCUCAUGCAUAAUAUACAUACAUUUGGUUAUUCUUCAAAAGGAGUUUAUCAUCUGGCAUGCAAAUCAUUGCAACCGUGGCAGAGUUGUGCAUGUUCUUAAAAAUAAUUUUACACGUGUUGAAUAAUGUUUUGUUCUGAAAAAAUGAUGUAGUAGAAUCUGCUAGCAAAGAGUUCCCCCACGGUUUGAGGGGAUCAUGACAUGGCUGGUCGUUGGAA